AGCAACCAGCACUGUAGCUAGGAUACUGACAACUGUUUAAAAUUUGACGUUUCAUAAAAAUGUUGGAUGACGAAGAGGAAGAAAUUCAUGUGCCCAUUAAUAACGAUCUAGAGCGUAGAAUUGCCGACGCCUUUGAAGUUUUCGACCAUGCAGGUAACAAAACAGUAGAUGUGCGCGAAGUGGCAACCAUUGUGCGUGCUUUGGGUUGUUGUCCAACUGAAGCUGAAAUUCAGGAAAUUCUAAUGGUUGUUGAAAAUCCCGAAUCUCCUGGAAGUGUACAUCUGGCUAAUUUUUUACCACACAUUUCGCAAAUUAUCACCGAACACAAAUAUCAACCUGCAAGUCCUGCCCAACUUUUAGAAGCUUUUCAAGUAUUGGACAAUGAAGGUAAAGGUUUUCUAACAAAAGAACGUAUUUCGACACUUAUGACGCAAGAUGGUGAGCCGUUUACACAAGACGAACUUGAUGAAAUGCUUGAAAUUGCUAUUGAUCCACACACUCAAACUGUGCCGUACGAAUAUUACAUCAAUCAGUUAAUGCACGAACUUGAAGGAGAAAAAGAUAUAUAUAAAUUAGGUGAUCGCGUUCUUGAAGAAAAUCCACCACCUCCUCCUCCCCCUCCAGCCCGAAGGCUGUCCGAAUUCCUACACGAUUUGUCUGUUCCUGAAUUUUAAAAAAAUAACACACUCGAUACUCCCACCUGUUUUAUUCUUUUUUUUUUAAAUUCACAAUUUCGAAAAAACUAUAUCUUUCUGCUUAGUAGCUUGAGCAACUGUUGCUGUUGCAAAGUCUUCACUCUGUAGCAUUAGCUGA